AUUCUGGGAAGAGAGGCCGUUUGAGCGUGAAAGGGGUGAGCGAGCAAACAAGCAAGCAAGCGAAAGAGAGGGAGGUGUGAAAGGAAAGGGAAGACGGAAUGCGAGCAGACUGUUAGCUUCCUGUAAAAAAGAAACAUAAUACAACGCCAGCAGACGCCAGUCAGCGUGUCGGUACUUGACAAAAGAGUUGCUUCUAGUGAGCCAUGGGAAUUCAUCGGUGGAGUUGGAAGAUCUGAUUUCUAAAAAACCACGCCUGGACAAUGGAGCCAGAUGUAAUUCGAAUGUAUUCCUCCUCUCCUCCACCUUUAGAUGAUGGGGGUGAAGACGAAGAUGAUGAAUUUGGAGAAUUUGGAGGCUUUUCAGGAGUGUCAGCUAGUGUCUCCUUUACCAGUUUUGAUGGGCCUAACUUCACCUCUUCAACCGAUGACUUUGUUUCAUCAAAUCACUUUAUGUCGGACAAGAUGUACUCAAAUAAUGCUGCAGUCCUUACAGAUUUGAACUCUGCUAAUGCAAGCAAGGACAGGAAUUGCUUUACAGAGCUUUCUAAACCACCUGAUGGCACAAUUGUCGGUCUAGAUACCCACAGAAAUGAAAUGUUUUUAUGUCAUGCUGCCGAAAGCCCUGUUAAAGAUGGAGUUAAAACCCUAGCUGAGCAGAUGGAAAUAGUGGACUCUGCAGAGAAGUCAUUUGAACCAGGGACUAUUAGGACUGUGAUCAAAACUGACCAGCAGGAAUCCACAGACUGCAAUGGCAGCAUCAUUUCUGAUGAUGAAAUUUUAACAAAUGGAUAUUCUUCUGAUAUUGUUAGUUUUCAGCAAGAAAUAGAAGUAAAUAUCCCCAAGGAACAGAAAGAGAUCUACCCUGAAAUAAGUUUAAGUUCUCCUUCAAGUCUUGCACAAACAUUUGCAGAUUUUACUGCAUUCCCCAAUACUUACACUUCCAUUAAUUGUGUCUGUACAGUUAAUGUAAUGAAUGAUUGCUCAAGUGAAGAAAAAAUCCUAAAAAAUCAGGUUGGUUUUAGCAUAGAAAAUAAUGACAAUUUGAAUGUUGACGUGGAAGAGCCUUCUAAACUAAGCUCAGAAAAUGUAGUGGUCCAAAAUAUUGAUAGUGAUAGAGCAGCAUCUCAGUUUUCUCAUUUUCCUGCCAAGGACAAUGUUUUAAGUAACAAUAACAGUGGUUCAGACUGUGAGACUAAGUCUCAGACUACUGCUUCUGUGGAAAAAGUAGAAACUUUACAUUCAGAAAAGUUUGUCAACAGAAUUUGCGGUAUACCGCAAAAAGAGGAAGAAGAAAUGGAAGGGGCAGGAUCCGAUGUUUUCAGAAGUACAGUUCCUUUUGUACAAGAAAGUACUGCAGAUACUGAAGAUAGCAGCCUAGUGUACCAGAGCUGUAGUGAAAAUGGCCAGCAGGUAGAGUCUGUAGCUCCAAGCACCUCUGUGUCUGUAAGUGAGGAAUUUGCAUCUUUUUGCCAGGCUGAGUCUCCUGAUGACAUUGAAGAUUUUGGAGAGUUUGGCACAACUAAUGAUAAAUUAUCUCUGCCUAACCCUGAAGGCUUAAUACCAUCCAAUAUCACAGAGCUACCAACAGAAGUUUCUUCACAAUUUGAAACCAUAGAUAUUAAAGAUUUUGGUGCGACGAACAUUUGUGACUUUGCAGACUUCAGUCAGUCUAAAAUGAGUAAUUGUAUAUCAGACAGAAUUACUGAAGCAAUUAGUGAUUCUGUUGGAUCCAUUAGUGAAGGUUCAGCUGUUACAGAGGAGGUUUCUGGUCAUUUGGAUAAAGCACAGAAGCUAGAAGAAGGAAGUUUUGCAGAAUUCUGCACAACUGAAGACUUUGCAGACUUCAGCUCUUCAACCGGAAAUCAGGAUAUGGAGUGGAAUGCUUUUGCAGACCAGCCUUGCUUAAAAGAAAGUACUUCUUGGGCAGCUUUUGGGAAUGCUCAGUCAGUUGAUUUCACUGAGGAUGACAAAUGGCAAUCCAGUAGCACAACUGAGGGAGGCAAUGUUAGCAGUGCACAAAGUGGCAGGAUGGAUGGAACUGGCUUUGUUUCUUUUCAGGGUCCUACAGAAAGUGACUCUAAUGUAUCAGACCAAACUUCAGUAAAUCAGGCAGCUUUGGUUUGCCGCUUACAGAAAGUUUUCCAAGCGUGUUUUCCACCAUGCCCCAUGUCCUGUUCUGAAGAAAACAUCACUUCAUUAAAGCUGUUUCUUGAGCCAGUAGAGCAUCAAGAAGAGACGGGGAGUGCCUUGGGACAUCUUAGGGAGCUACGGAAUGUCUGGAGUGAGCUACAAGAUAUCCAUGAUGCAUAUGGCCUAAAGUAUCAGUGGUGUGGCUCUCACAGCAACAAAAAGCUGCUGUCUUCUCUGGGCAUUGACACCAGGAACAUACUUUUCACAGGCCAGAAAAAGCAACCUGUGAUAGUGCCGAUGUACGCAGCCAGUUUGGGUAUGUUGGAGCCCACCAAAGAGCCAGUAAAGCCAGUAUCCGCUGCAGAGAAGAU